CUCACAUCUUCCAUACUCACAAAAAAUACCAAAUUAACAUGGCUUUACUGGGCUCGAUGAAUUUCGCUGCUUUGACCCUUUGCGUCUUAGUUUUGGCAGCACAUAAUUAUCAAGCCCAGGCUUCUAGUCGUGUUAUUUUUGGUAAGAAAAACUUCAAAUCAUUUGUAAAUUAUAAUUCAUCUGUUAAUGGUUUAUGCGCUACUUCGGUCAUUAUUCGUGGAUACAAAUGCCAAGAAUUUGAGGUUACAACCCCAGAUGGCUACAUUCUUAGCAUUCAAAGAAUUCCAGAAGGUAGAUAUGGGGUUGGUAGCAAUGUGACUAAGAAGGAGCCAGUGCUUAUCCAACAUGGAGUUUUGGUGGAUGGAACAACAUGGUUUCUAAACAAUCCAGAGCAAAACUUGCCUAUGAUUCUUGCUGAUGAAGGCUUUGAUGUGUGGAUUUCUAAUACCAGAGGAACCCAAUAUAGCCGCAAACACACUACCCUAGACUCAUCUAGCCAGGAAUAUUGGAAUUGGUCUUGGGAUGAAUUGGUUACUGAUGAAAUGCCUGCAAUUGUUGAUUUUGUUUACAACCAAUCAGGGCAGCAGAAGAUAAAUUAUGUUGGCCAUUCCUUGGGUACUUUGGUAGCUUUAGCAUCUUUUUCAAAAGGGAUAUUAGUAGAUCAACUUAAAUCAGCAGUAUUGUUGAGCCCUAUUGCCUAUUUGAGCCACAUGACAACUGAACUUGGAGUUGUUGCAGCAAAAUCCAUGCUCGGCGAGACCCUUACUCUUAUGCACAUGGCAGAAUUUGAUCCCAAAGGAGUACCUGUUGUUGACUUCAUGAAGGGUAUUUGUGCUCAAACUGGAAUAGAUUGCAACCACUUGUUUAGUUCAAUAACAGGUGAAAAUUGCUGCUUAGACACUUCAGCUUUUGAUCUAUUCAUGAAUUUUGAACCACAGUCAUCAUCAACAAAGAACUUGUUCCACUUAGCUCAGACUGUUAGAAGUGGUGUCUUAACAAAAUUUGAUUAUGAGAGACCAGACGCAAACUUCAAGCAUUAUAGACAAGUAACACCUCCAAUCUACAACCUAUCAAACAUUCCUAACAAUCUACCAAUUUUCAUGAGCUAUGGAGGUCGUGACGCGCUUUCCGAUGUCAUCGAUGUUAAUAAUUUACUUGAACACUUUAAAUAUCAUGAUGAAGACAAGCUUAGUCUUCAAUUCAUUGAUAACUAUGCUCAUGCUGACUUCAUUAUGGCUGUGAAUGCCAAUGACUUGGUCUACAAGAAUGUUACAUCAUUUUUUAAACGUCAAUUUUGAGACUUAGUACAAAAAGUUAAUUAGGGUGCUCAUGUGUUUCUUGAUUGCCCUAAUUGCUUAUUAGAAGAAGAAAAAAAGUGAUGCAAAUUUGUAGGAUUAUUUAUAGGAAUUUUUGAAGCUUGUAUCACUAAAGCUCAAUGUGUAAAUUGUCCAAUGAUGUUUAUAGGUGCUUUUGAAUGGCAAAUGAAGUAUGCAAAUAUUUGAAGCUUUAAAAUUCUUUACAA